GCGAGCCCGUCCAAAAACGAGCCACCCAGCCAGGGCCUCCUCUCCUCUCCUCGUGCCAGCAGUAGCACCCACCAGCCACCACCCAAGCAAACGGAGAGAGGCCACGCUGCCGCCCCCUCCCUCAUCCUCCUUCCACUUGCAGCAGAGCAGGGCAGGCAUUGCCUCCGCUCUCACUCCAGUCCUCCCCCCUGCCCUCCCCUCGGCCCCGCCGCUCGAGGGAGAUAGCGUAGGAGGCUCCUACCCGCUUAAUUUGCUCGCCGAGGCAGGUGGAUGAGCUAGGCUGAGAAAGAGCCGCUGUGGCAGGCGACGAAAAGGGGGAAAACCCACCGACCAUGGCAGGGCGAGGAAUGCUGCCGCGCCGGCGCGAGUGAGCGAUCUCGCAGAUCUGCGCCCGGCCGCAUUUUCGCUCCUCCGCACCAAGGAGAUCGGGUGAUUCGUCGGGGGGGAGGGAGAAACCGGGGCCGCAGCGAUGGCGAACGUGGGGGACCUGGCCAACAUCGCGCAGCUCACGGGGCUGGACGCGGUGCGCCUCAUCGGCCUCAUCGUCAAGGCGGCGGCCACGGCGCGGAUGCACAAGAGCAACUGCCGCCGCUUCGCGCAGCACCUCAAGCUCAUCGGCGGCCUGCUGGAGCAGCUCCGGGUGUCGGAGCUCAAGAAGUACCCGGAGACGCGGGAGCCGCUGGAGCAGCUCGAGGACGCGCUCCGCCGGGGCUACCUGCUCGUCAACUCCUGCCAGGACCGCUCCUACCUCUACCUCCUCGCCAUGGGCUGGAACAUCGUCUACCGCUUCCGCACCGCGCAGACCGAGAUCGACAACUACCUCCGCCUCGUGCCGCUCAUCACGCUCGUCGACAACGCCCGCGUGCGGGAGCGAAUUGAGUACAUUGAAAGGGAUCAAUGUGAAUACUCUCUUGACGAGGAAGACAAGGAGGUCCAAGAAGCUCUGUUAAACCCUGACCCUGGCACAAAUCCUUCGAUAGUGCUCAAGAAGACUCUGUCCUGUUCUUAUCCAAACGUGCCGUUUAAUGAAGCUCUUCGGAAGGAAAGUGAGAAGCUCCAGGUGGAGCUUCAAAGAUCACAAAGCAACAUGGAUAUGGCCCAGUGCGAGGUUAUUCAUCACCUGCUUGGAGUAACUAGAACUGUGGCAAGUUCUAUUCCAGAGGAAAGUACAGAUGCCAAGGUUACCAAGAAAACCAAUUCAAAGUGCACAAAAGUUAACGAAGACAGUGCAAAAUCGUAUGAUGAUGACUCCCCAAAGAAGCAAAAAGAUGCCUAUAUUGCACCACGGAGUUCUUCACCUGUUCCCUACAACCAUGAUCUGGUCUCGAGUACAGCAUCAUACAGUGAUGAGUGGCAUGCAGAUUUACUUGGUUGCUGUUCAGAGCCAGCUCUGUGUCUGAAGACCUUCUUUUUUCCAUGUGGAACAUUCUCAAGGAUUGCUUCAAUCGCCAAGAACAAGCCCAUGUCUUCGGGAGAAGCCUGCAAUGAUAUUAUGGCGUACUCCCUCAUAUUGUCUUGUUGCUGUUACACUUGCUGUGUAAGGAGAAAGCUUCGUCAAAGGCUAAAUAUUGUGGGAGGGUGUUGUGACGAUUUCCUUUCACAUGUGAUGUGCUGUUGCUGUGCUCUUGUUCAAGAAUGGCGCGAAGUAGAGAUUCGUGGUGCAUACGGAGGGAAGACAAAGAUAACCCCGCCGGCACACCAGUACAUGGAGCACUGAGACUCUGCGAUCCCUGGAAAAAAAAGCAAAAAAAAGCAGCUACUCUGCGAGAGGCCUGGGCUCCUGUAAAUUAAAGAUAUUGACCUAAAAUUGUCAGAAACCGUACUGCCAUGUUAGUGAUACCCGUCCAACAUGCUCUACUGUUUGUGUUGUAUUUAUGCGUCAUCUUGGUAUUAUGGGUCUUAGAACUCAGUUAAUUUGUAAAAAGUAACUAAACUCGUCAGUCUCAGGCCGGUUAGAGUCAGUGUUAACAUUGCCAUUGUUGUCUAUAUAUUCCAAAGAGGACGUGUUUUUUUGGCU